AUGUUGACACGCAAAAAACGGCUCUGCAGCUGUAUAGGCCUUUUUCUUUUGACGCAAAAGAGCACAUCCAUCCGAUCAAGCGGAUCGGUCAUGCGUCCCUACAUCUUGGUCCUGGCCCUUGUGGCCCAGACCUCGAAAGGGACCGAGACGUUGGAGGCUGCCCUCUCUUCAAAUGAUGAGUGCACAGGCGAAACAUGCGCCUUCAACGCCCUCCAGACACGACAAAGGAUAGAACAUAUGGACCCAGAGAAUCCAUCGGCGGAGGAUGUGAAAGCAGCGCAGCUGGUUGGACCUUUUGUCACUUGUGACCCUCUUUGCCAUGACGGUACUGGUUCCUCAGCGGCUGUAGAUUCGGACAAGUCCUUGGGAAGCAGCUACAGUGGAAGAUACAUCCGUCACUAUGCAGCGAACUGCUGGUACGGCUGUGGAAAGCACGCAGGCAGCUGUCCAGGCUUCUGCGGCAGUGGCAAUGCCUGCUGCCGCUGGAGGGCGCACCAUGACCCUCCAGAAUGUCGAGGUGUUCGCAAAUGGCCAGUAAUUCACUGGCACACCUGCGUGAACACGCCAGUCCAAGCGUCGCCCAGCCAACCGCAGCAGGGCACCGGCGGCAACUGUAACACGCGUAGCAUGGGUGGUGGUGUGAUGACCGUCUAUCAUCAAACCGGCUGCGACAUAGGUCCUUUGAUCCUGAAGGAAGGCUUUCACCUAGGCAAAGUCGGUUGGUGCGGUGGAGGCAUCUACUUCGCCAUGAGUCCUGAGGCAACGCAAACCAAAGCGAUUGGGCCAGACUCGCACAAAGGCUUCAUGAUCGAGGCGCAGGUUUCCAUAGGCCAAAUGGCACAUGCAGACAAAGAAUGCGUCAUGAACGGGCAGCAUCUGAAUGCUGGCGCUGUCCAUGGAGUGGGCCUGGACUCAGUUCUCUUUGACCCCGGGGAUGGAAACGAGCUGAUUGUGUACUGCACGUCACAGGUGCUUUCCGCCAAAGCGUAUCCGUGGAAGUGCUCGUGA